UCAGAGCGGCCAGUGCACAGUGACGUGUCUCCAUGCAAGGUGCUCAUUAUGGGGGACGUUUGGUCUCUGUGACGCGCGUCUCAGUCCUCUGACGGUACCUGCCCCCUUAUUAGCUUGAGUAAGUCGCCCCCCACUGAGGUUUUAUUUGACUCUUCCUCGGUGGGUAAAAGGAGGACAAGGAUCUUCAUAAUCCCUCUAACUCUUAAUUCUCAGUUUUCCUCAUGUGCCCCAGCACAUGACUAUAGAAGUAUUUGAGCAGGUCUUCACGCCGUCCCGUUCCUAGCGGGAGACCUCUGCGAUUAUGACCAUCCACGUAGAGGGGCUUGUGGCUAUCGCUUUCUUCUAUUUGCUGAUCCUUUUCGUCGGCAUCUGGGCGGCAUGGAAGAACAAGCACUCCGGGGAGGCGGAGGGCACCGACCGCAGCGAGACCAUCAUGGUCGGAGGAAGAGACAUUGGUUUAUUUGUCGGUGGAUUCACGAUGACAGCCACCUGGGUUGGAGGAGGGUACAUCAAUGGCACAGCUGAAUAUGUGUAUCUUCCAGCCUAUGGCUUGGCUUGGGCUCAAGCCCCCUUCGGAUAUGCACUGAGUCUGGUUGUGGGUGGUCUAUUUUUUGCCAAGCCCAUGCGCUCACGAGGUUACGUCACCAUGCUGGACCCCUUCCAGCAGCUGUAUGGCAAACGUAUGGGCGGCCUCCUCUUCAUACCCGCGCUCAUGGGUGAGAUCUUCUGGUCCGCUGCCAUCUUAUCCGCUCUGGGUGCUACUCUGAGCGUCAUCGUGGACAUCAACAUUAAAAUGUCUGUGGUCAUCUCCGCCCUCAUCGCAAUCUUUUACACCCUGGUUGGAGGACUUUACUCUGUGGCCUACACUGACGUCGUGCAGCUGUUUUGCAUCUUUGUCGGUCUGUGGAUCAGCGUCCCCUUUGCGUUGACCAACCCUGCCGUGUCCGACAUCACCGUUACUGCGGUGAAGCAGGUUUACCAGUCGCCCUGGAGGGGCAGCAUCAACAGGAGCGACACCUGGGUCUGGAUCGACAACUUCUGCCUCCUGAUGCUGGGAGGCAUACCCUGGCAGGUGUAUUUCCAGAGAGUCCUGUCAGCCUCCUCCGCUACCUACGCCCAGGUCCUCUCUUUCCUGGCCGCCUUCGGGUGCCUCGUCAUGGCCGUGCCCUCCGUCCUCAUCGGGGCCAUCGGGGCCUCCACAGACUGGAACCAGACGUCCUAUGGCAGCAUCCCCCCUAAAGACAAGGAUGAGGCUGAUAUGAUUCUACCCAUCGUGCUCCAGCACCUGUGCCCGCCGUUCGUCUCCUUCUUUGGCCUGGGCGCUGUGUCUGCGGCCGUCAUGUCCUCCGCGGACUCGUCCAUCCUUUCGGCGAGCUCCAUGUUCGCGAGGAACAUCUACCAGCUCGCCUUCAGACAGACGGCGUCUGACCGCGAGAUCGUGUGGGUGAUGCGUAUCACCAUCUUCGUGUUCGGCGGCCUUGCCACCUUGAUGGCGCUGGUGACCGGCACAGUGUACGGCCUCUGGUACCUGAGCUCAGAUCUGGUUUACGUCAUCAUCUUCCCCCAGCUGCUCAGCGUGCUCUUUGUUAAGGGCACCAACACAUAUGGCUCCGUGGCCGGGUACCUGUUCGGCAUGUUGCUGCGCAUAGGCGGAGGCGAACCCUACCUGCAGCUGCCGCCUUUCAUAUACUACCCUGGCUGGACCACCGAGCAGAGGAAGCACCACAUAACCGGAGAAAUGGAGGACGUGGUCGUGCAGAAGUUCCCCUUCAAGACCGUCUCCAUGCUGGCGUCCUUCCUGGGCAACGUCGCCGUCUCGUACCUGGCCAAGUACCUGUUCGAGAGCGGCAGGAUUUCGCACAAAUACGACUUUCUCGACGCGGUGGUGUCCAAGCACAGCGGGGAGAUCAUGGACAAGACGACGCUCGUGACGCGCGGCAACAACAUCGGGCUGUCGGAGAUGGCGCCCGUCAAGCCGCGGCUGAGCGUGACCCUGGCGGCCGCCUUCACGCGCCGCGACACGCUGCCGACGGAGACGGUGGAGGAGGAGGAGGAGGAGUCCAGCCCCGACUCCUCGCGCCACGACGAAGAAUGACACGCACCCAGGAUGUGAUUAUAUAUAUAUAUAUAUGAAAAAAGAAUAAGAGACAGCAAGAAAACUUCCCCCCCUCGGGACUACAAAACACGACGUCCCGCUCGACUGGAUAACAGCCACGUGUCAGGAUAUGUAGUGUAGCAGCUUGCUGAUUGUCCAGACAUGAAGCUGCUUUCUGUGAAGUAAAGCAAACACACACACACACACACACACACACACACACACAUCCACUCAUAGUACUAUAUAGUUGUGUAUUCAUCCUUUUUAGAACUGGUUUAGAUACACUUAAAGUAAACUAUGUUCACAUUUGAUUAAGUACAUUUCUGGUGAAAAUGCCGAUAUAUGCAGAAAUAUUCAAUGAGAACAGAUAAGAAGUGACUGACAGCACAACAAACAUUUAAAAGAACUGUAUAUUAGACAAAAGCAAUAUCACACACACUCACUUAAACAUCUGUACAGCGCCGGAA